UGGAGUUAGUUUCAAGGAACUAGGUGUGCUUCUGGAUUGAUGAGAAAAGAGAAUUUCUGUACCGACAUAUUUGGUACAAAAUGCCUCCAACUCUUUUUCAGAAACUUUUUAAUAAGAGAAAUGCCUUUUCGCCACCUCCCAAAUGUAGCAAGGAAGAUCCUUCCUUCAGCUGGCCUACGCCGGAGCUGGAGCCCAGCCAGAUCCGACUGAUCGUGUAUCAGGACUGCGAGCGGCGCGGCAGAAAUGUCCUCUUCGACUCCAACACCAAAAAGAGGAGUGCGGAGGAGCCCCAGGUGUCGAAGGCGUGUGGGGAGGCCCAGGUGAAGGUGUUUGGGAAAUGCUGCCAGCUGAGGCCCACAGGGGGCAGCUCGUCUUCGCUCGACAGCUCGUCCUCCUGCACGUCCGAGCCGCGGGAACAAGGCCUGCGUUUCCAGGGCUCUCGCUGUUCGUCCGAUGCCAACAUGUUGGGCGAGAUGAUGUUUGGCUCGGUAGCCAUGAGCUAUAAAGGCUCCACAUUGAAAAUUCAUCAGAUCCGGUCUCCACCACAGCUCAUGUUGAGUAAGGUGUUCACCGCGCGUACGGGGGGCAGCGUAUAUGGAAGCCUCAACACAUUGCAGGACAGUCUGGAGUUCAUCGGGCAGGACACGAAUGCUCUACGAGUGGACCACAACACCAUCACAAGUGGCUUUCUGGGAAACAUAGGUUUCUCUCAGCUCUGCAGCCCGCGGAGGGCACUCUCAGAGCAGGGCCCUCUACGUCUCAUCAAGAGUGCUUCUUUUUUUUCAGGCCACAGCAACCCCAUGGACAUGCCUGGCAGGAGCCUCUACGAUGAGAGAGACAGUGGCAUCGCUCGAUCAGCGUCUCUGAGCAGUCUGUUGAUCACGCCAUUCCCCUCGCCGGGCUCGUCGCUCACUAGCAGCUGUGCCAGCAGUUACCAGCGGCGAUGGCUACGCAGCCAGACCACCAGCCUAGAGAACGGAGUCUUCCCAAGAUGGUCUGUGGAGGAGAGCUUCAACAUGUCGGACGAGAGUGGCGGCCCGAACCUCGGGGUGACCCGGAAGAAGAAGAUCGCCAUCGGGGUCAUCUUUUUGCUCUCGCCCAACGAGCAGGAGAACAGCCGAUUCCAGGAGUUCUUCUUCUCCCAUUUCCCGCUUUUCGAGAGCCACAUGAACAAGCUGAAAAGUGCCAUCGAACAGGCUAUGAAACUGAGCAGGCGCUCAGCAGAUGCUACUCAAAGGGCGCUAGCCUAUAGCCGGAUGGUGGAUGGGCUGAAUGAGUUUCGGACGACCAUCUGUAACCUGUACACCAUGCCCCGUGUCCCCGAGCCCGUCUGGCUCGCCAUGAUGUCUGGCACACCAGAGAAGAAUCAGCUGUGCAACCAGUUCAUGCGGGAGCUGGCCAUACUGAUGGAGCAGGCCUCUAAAAAUCAAUUCCUUCCCGCCCUGAUCACAGCCGUGUUGACCAAUCACCUGGCGUGGGUGCCCACCGUCAUGCCCAACGGGCAGCCGCCCAUCAAGAUCUUCCUGGAGAAGCAUUCAUCUCAGAGUGUGGACAUGCUGGCCAAAACACACCCCUAUAACCCACUGUGGGCCCAGCUUGGUGACCUGUACGGGGCGAUCGGCUCCCCGGUGCGUCUGUCGCGCACGGUGGUGGUGGGCCGGCGGCAGGAGCUGGUGCAGCGGCUGCUCUACGUGCUGACCUACUUCAUCCGCUGCUCGGAGCUGCUGGAGACGCACAUGCUGGACAGCGUGGAGGACGAGGCCAUCGUCAUCCCCGGCUCGCUCAUCACCACCUCGCUGCGGCGGGGCGAGGUCGAGGAGUCCGACUACGUGCUGGUCACCGUGCACAAGCCCAGCGGCGACUACCUCUCGCAGAGCGCGACGACGGCAGCAGGGGGGGCCGGCGGGGGUGCCGGGGGUGAGACGGCCGAGGUGGGCAGCUACCUGUCGGACACGCACAGCAUGCAGAGCAGCACCUACACGGACACGGAGCCGUGCCAGGGGCCGGACGACGAGGCGCUCGACGAGGGCUCGCAGAGCAGCAGCGGUGGCGGGGUGGCGGUCACGGUGGCGCACGCCGGCCACUGCACGCAGGCGAGCGCGCACACCUUCGGCACGGUGCCCGUCAUCCACACCGAGGACGUCAGCGAGCUCGCCUCGUCGUCUCCGUCGGUGUCGGUGUCGUUGUCGUCGUCGUCGUGCAAAGAGACGGGGAGUCCGCGCGCCGAGGCUCGCCUGGAGACGCUGGUGUGCGUGGGCUCCAGCUCGCCGCGGGAGAGGACGCUCGUCCUGGGCGCCGAGAGGGGCCGCGAGCAGGCCGGGGCCGAGGCGGGGGUCAAGGCCGACCCCGACGGCCCUCGCGUCUACAACGACGACGUUCCCACGGGCGGCAUCGGCAUCAAGUUCUUCCGCUCGCCGGGGAUCCCGCUGGAGAAAAAGCCCCCGGAUAAGUCCCUGGCGGCGCCGCCGUACUUGCUGGACGAGGAGGAGCCGGCCACCAAAGUCACGUUCCUCAUCGGAGACUCCAUGUCCCCGGAGUCGGACCCGGAGAGCAGGCAGAGGAAGCUGGAGGAGGAGCUGAGGAAACACAAGAAGCAGCUCAAAGAGAAGGAGCAGAAGCAGCUGCUACAGCAGCAGCAACAACAGCAGCAACAACAACAACAGCAACAACAGCAGCAGCUGCAACAACAACAACAACAACAACAGCAGCAGCUGCAACAACAACAACAACAGCAGCAGCAGCAGCAGCAUCAGCAGCAUAAGGUGAGCACAGAGCAGAGGGGUGAGCCCAAGUCGAAUACAGUGGACCAAACCAAGACCAACGAGGGCAAGGACCCAGCCCCACCCUCACCCUCACCUUCACUCCCACCCCCACCCCCACCCUCACUCCAACCCUCACUCCCACCCCCACCCCCACCCUCACCCCCACCCUCACUCCAACGCACCACCAGUACAAUGCCCAAAUGGACCCCAGCUCCAGAAGACAUGGACUUGUUUGAUGAGUAUUUCAGCGACGACAACCCGGUCGAGACACGGACUAUCGACGACUCGUCCAAAAAGGCGCAGGAGAGCGUUAGCGUUAGCGAGCCGCAGCCGAACCAGUCGGUAACCAGCAGUAUUGAACUGUCCGACGGGCAGAGCUGCAAGGACACAAGGGACAACAGCCGUAGCUCGCACAGCGCUAACUGCAGCGCGGGCUCCUGUAGGUGCCGUCCUGCUGAGCAGGACAAAGGCAUCGUCAUUUCCGUUACCGUCCCCCAAGGGGACACCAACAGCGGCGACCUGAAGAAGGGGGCGCCGGUCAACGACUGGGAGAUUCCACGGAACGAGAGCUCGGACAGCGCGCUCGGGGACAGCGAGAGCGAGGACACGGGCCAGGAGCUUCCGCUGCCGCGGCACGAGGAGCCGUAUUACCGGGACGACCAGGAGGAGUGGCAGGACGAGGUGGAGGUUCCGUUCCCGGGGGAAAAGCUGGUGGAAAACUUCUCUAAGCCAAAUGUAGCAAACUUCGGGAGAUCCCUGUUUGGAGGAUACUGUCCAACAUAUAUCCCGGACUUUGUGUUACAUGGGACGCCGAACGAUGAGAAGCUCAAACAGACUCUCAUGUCUGACCUGGCACAUACUGUGCAGCAUCCGGUACUGGAUGAGCCCAUUGCAGAGGCCGUUUGCAUUAUAGCAGACACAGAGAAGUGGACGGUACAGGUGGCCAGCAGUCAAAGGCGACAGACGGACACCAAACUGGGCAAGGAGGUGCUGGUGUCCAACCUCGUGUCCAAUCUCCUGCAGUCCACCUAUCAGCUGUAUAAACUCAACUUGUCUCCCAACUUUUGCAUCAUGCAUUUGGAGGACCGGCUUCAGGAGCUGUACUUCAAGAGCAAGAUGCUGGCAGAAUACCUGAAGGGCCAAACCAGAGUGCAUGUCAAGGAACUUGGAGUGGUUUUAGGAAUCGAGUCCAGUGAUCUUCCCCUGUUGGCGGCAGUAGCGAGCACUCACUCCCCAUACGUGGCUCAGAUCCUGCUGUAGAGCGCAUACAGUGGACAGACGUCAGUGGAGAACUUUGAGGAGCAGCAGGAAUGGUGUUUCUCUUGAUCUUGUUUAUCUGCACAAACAAACAGACUGUGGGACCCACUGAGGGCCACUUGAACUCUGUGGGUUGUGCCCGGCGUCUUGGAAAGGCCAAGGACCAGCUGCCUGCAAUGGAGACAAUCAGCCACAUGGGGGCAGCAGAGGUCACUGCUCCCGGUGAUGGCUAGAUUGACUAUCACCACAGGUACUCUCAUGAACUGUUUCCUUGUUUUAUUUGACUUUUUUUUUUUUUUUUUUUUUUAUCUGUUUACGUCUGUACCUGUUUAUUUCUUUUCACAAAGAAGACUAGAAAGCCAAAGAGAAGUUGUCAAAGACAUUCAUCUCUAAACAAGGAAGGGACAAAGUGACUACUUCCACCUCAGCGCACCUUUGAUAUAGAAAUGGUAGUAGUCCUUGCUGCACAAAAAUAAGAAUAGGAUGUUUUAAAUCACAGUAAAUUACAAGUUGUCGUUUGCUCAAUUAUGUCUUUUUUAUGUUAUCAAUGGAAAUGUCCUGCAAUGCCUGGCAUGCCUAUUUUAUUUUUUCAAUGUUUGUCAUUGUGGAUUUUGACAGCAAAUUGUAUAUUACUAGUCUUCACAUUAUCCAGUUGGUUCAGCACUACCUCAAACAAAUGUGAGGAUUCACAGCUGUAUUUUGAAUGACCCCAGAAAUAUUAAGGCCCUGAUCAGUUUUUACCAGUGUAAUGGCAAACUAAGGCUUGUCAAAUCCUUUUGCUGUUUCUCAAAUGUAUGGCCGCACUCCAGGUGUACUCCUAAAAAUCACUUAAUUCUGAAUGCCAUUGAUUCAAGUAACAUUUAUAUUUCAAAGUGAAAUGCUGAACUAUUUUCACACUAUACAAUUUAUACAGCUUUGCCACAUUGUUUACUGCUGAAAGGCAUGUGUUAUAAAGAGAAUACAAGGAAUACUAGUCUGUUAUUAUGCUAUUAUUAGACGGCAAGAAUUUUUGAGAAAUAAUGACAUGUUAAUUUUAUAAAAUUGUAAAGGUAACUGAAAUAUGUGGAUGAAGACAUUUAUUUUUUACAAAUAUUUGUAAUGUCUGUUAGUAAAUUCAUGAAUUAUUUUUGUCUUGAGGAGUUGCUCCUCAGAGUCUUAAUGGACAUGUAGCAUAAGAUGGAGUGAAGGUGUCUGGGAAAUGUUCUUUUCUUGCUUAUAAUGCAUUGGUUUGCUCUCAGUGUAUGAUGUUUGGCUUCUGCAAAUGACAUGAAAUUCAUUGCGUUUUGUAAAACACCUAUUUGCAUUUGUUUAAUGUAUUUAUAUCUACAUACAUUCUUUAUACAUGAAUUCAGUUAAAUUAUUUAGAAUGGUGUGUACUGGUUUAUGUACAUUGUAUAUAUUGUUUUCAGUUUGUUUCCAUUUAUUUGUACAUAAUGUCUUUCAAUAUUGGAUUAUUUUUCUGUAAUUAUCCUUUCCCAAUUUUCUGGGAAUGUUGUGCAAUAAAACAUGCCAAUAU